AUGUUGGUCAGACGGGUUUUACCAUUUGUUGUACCAUCUCGAAGGAAAUCAAGUUUAAUUCCAUUUACCCGUACGCUAUCAACGGAAGUCAAGGCCACAUCAUGGCCAAGAAAGGUGUUUUCUGGAGUGCAACCGACCGGUGCACUGCACAUCGGAAACUACCUUGGCGCAGUGAAACGCUGGGUGGAGCUGCAAGAAGCCGGUGAAGAUGUCACCUACUGCAUCGUGGAUUUGCACUCGAUGACUAUUCCGCCGGACCCUGACACGUUACGUCACAAUACACUGCAAAUGACGGCCACGCUGCUAGCGUGCGGAAUCGAUCCCAACCGGGCAACCCUGUUUCUGCAGUCGGCCGUCCCACAGCAUGCCGAACUGUCCUGGAUUCUUGGGUGCCUCACGACGAUGGCUCGGCUGACGCAUCUUCCCCAGUACAAAGAAAAAUCGGCCAACAUGAAGGAAAUCCCUUUGGGACUAUACCUGUACCCGGUGUUGCAGGCGGCAGACAUCAUGCUGUACAAAGCAACCCACGUACCAGUGGGCGAGGAUCAGAUUCAGCAGCUGCAACUCGCCCAAUCACUUGCCCGUGCGUUUAACAACAAGUACGGCAAAACGUUUCCACUAUGCGAAACGCUCGUAAACGCCGGCAGUCGGUUGAAGUCUUUACGUGAUCCUUCGAAAAAGAUGUCCAAAUCCGAUCCCGAUCCGAAGAGUUGCAUUAUGCUCAUGGACCCGCCGGACGUGGUACUGCAGAAGGUUAAAAAGUCGGUCACCGAUUUCAAGUCGGAGGUCACGUUUGACCCAGAGGAACGACCGGGUGUGUCGAACCUCGUUACAAUACAUUCGAUGGUGAGUGGCAAAAGUACGGAUGAGUUAUGCCAGGAGGCAGUGGGCAAAAAUACCGGUCAGUAUAAGCUGGCGGUGGCGGAAGCAUUGAUUGAACACUUGCGACCCAUUCGGGAGCGUAUUGAACAGUAUUCCCGUGACGGCGCUUAUCUGUCCAGUGUUAUUGAGGAAGGUAGCGAGCGGGCGAGAGCAACCGCGGAACGAACGAUCGAUGAGGUAAAGGAAAAGAUUGGGGUAAACUGUUUCAAUGUAGGACGGUUACGUUGGCAUGUACGGCGUGAAAAUAAGUAAAUUAGGCAGUAUCCUAGUUAAUGAUAUCCAAUAAAGUCCAUGGAAUAUGUAAUAAAACGGAUGUUGUGAGUUUUAAAUAUUUCUAUACGUUAGUUUUUACACCUUCUAUAAUGGUGCUCAAACUGGUUGGAUAACUCUGCUGCUGUUAACUGUGCAACCAUCGCAUUCGUGCACGGCGCAUUCGUUCAUUUAAAUUUAGAAUA